CUAGUGUCGUAGCUACGACAGUUCGGGUAACAUGUGAGAAGUUUGAUUUUGAUUUCCCAGGCUUUAUUAGAGGAUUUUUUUUAAACUUUUGAGUGUGUCCCAGGCGUCAUGCGGGAAAGGUCUCUUCCCGCCUCUCCCAACUGGUACUGCUCGCGCUGCAGUGAUGUCAGCAGCGGCGGUUUGCUGGGAGUCGGAGCCAAAAACAUCAUCUACUUGAUUGACGUGUCUGCGUCCUCCUGCAGAGUUUCAGGAGAGCUCGUGGGCCAUAAGGACUUGGUGUCAGGCUUUUCGUUCUGUCAGCACGCAGGUCAGAGCCACAUCUGUGUCAGCUCCUCCACAGACGGCAGCAUCCGCUUCUGGGAUUCGGAUAAGAAAGCUCUAAUAAGGGAGCAUGCGGCUCAUCAGAGCCCCGUCUCAGCCGUGCACUGGUCCCCUGUGGAUAAAAACCUGGUGGUGUCGGGGGACGAGAAGGGAGUCGUGUUCUGUCACUGGUACCACACGGGGGACACGGCCAGCUUCUUCCCCGAACCCAGGACCAUCUUCUGCCUCUCGUGCUCCCCUCACACCUGGAACACUGUGGCUAUUGGGUACAAAGAUGGGAUGAUCGUGCUGAUCGACGUGAGUAAGAAAGGCGAGGUGAUGCACCGUCUCCGUGGACACGACGAUGAGAUCCACUCGCUGUCGUGGUCACCGCUGGCCAGCGAGGACGCCCUCUGCAACAGACUUGAGGAUGGCGAAGCGGCCAACGGCGUGUCUGCAGGAGAGGACAGGGGCGGCUAUCUGGCAUCUGGGAGCAAAGACCAGACUGUGAGGAUCUGGAGCACAGCGAAGGGAAAAGGUGUGAUGACUAUGAAGCUGCCGUACCUGAAGAAAAGAGGUUCUGCGGUCGACCCCGGGGUCAAAGAGCGGCUCUGGCUCUCAGUCCUCUGGCCGAAGGGAAGAGCGACCCAACUCGUGUCCAGCUGCUUCAGUGGCGAGCUGGUGUUGUGGGACCUGACCAAGGCAGGGAAGCAGAGGUGGACUCUCCUUGGCACGUCUUCAGAGGGUCAGAACCACAGCAGGAUCGUCUUCAACCUGAGCUCAGUUCAUCUGGAGGACGGCAGGGAGCUGCUAAUCAGCACCUCCAUGGACCGAGAGAUUAAGUGCUGGGACCUGGCCUCUCUGGACUGCUGCUGGACUCUUCCCACUCUCGGCGGGUUCGUCUACGCCCUCUCUUUCUCCCCUGUAGGUACAGGCUGUCUGGCGCUGGGCGUCGGCGACAACAUGAUCCGGGUGUGGAACACGCUGACCACUCAGAACCAGUACGACACCAGGUCCUUCUGGCAAAGCAUCAAGUCCAAGGUCACGGCGCUGGCCUGGCACCCGCAGAAAGAGGGAUCGCUAUCUUUCGGAACAGAUGAUGGUAAAGUCGGUAUCUACGACGUCUUCUCCAACAAGCCUCCUCAGAUAUCGAGCUCCUAUCACAGAAAAACGGUGUACACAUUGGCCUGGGGACCCCCAGUCCCCCCGAUGUCAUUUGGUGCGGCGGGAGGAAAGCCGUGCUACAGCCUGUACAGCUGCGCCGGCGAGGGCGUCGUCCUGCAGCACGACCCGUCAAAGCUGAGCGGAGAGGCGUCGGACAUCGACAGGCUCAUCAGGGACACCAACAACAUCAAGCACAAACUGUCUCCGCACACCGACAUCAGCUGGAAGCCAGAUGGGAAAGUGGUUGCCAUCGGCAACGAGGACGGGUGCAUUGACGUGUAUCAGGCUCCCAGUCUGAAGCUGCUGUGCAGCAUCCAGCAGCACCACAAGAUCAUCAACGCGUUACGGUGGCAUCACAGCCACGGCUCCGCACCGGAGCUGCACGGCCUCCUGGCGUCGGGCUCCAGCAACGCCAUCGUCUACGUGCACGACCUCCGCUCCGUCAUAGAGAAUCCUCCAGAAAGCCCCGUGGUGUUGACCGAGCCGUAUCGCAGGCUGUGUGGCCAUACAUCUAAAAUCACCGGGAUGAGCUGGAGCCCUCACCACAGCGCCCGGCUGGUCACCGUGUCAUACGACGGCACGGCGCAGGUGUGGGACGUGCUGGAGGAGGCGGCCGUCUCUAACUACCGAGGUCAUGUCGGUUAUUUGCUGUGUGUGGACUGGUCGCCCGUCGACCCAGACCUGAUCUGGACGGGCGGGAAGGACUUCACCGUGCAGGAGUGGAGCGUCUCCAAACAGGAGUUUACAAAGCCGCCCAAAGGGAAGAAGAUGACAGAGUGGAAGGACAAGACGAAGGCCAACGCCAAGCAGGUGAAGAAGAACAAGAAGGCGUCUGCGGCCGGCGGAGCCGCGGCGUGGGAGACGAACGGGGGAGGGGCAGCGACGGGGAGAGAGAAGAUGGUGACACAGCAGCCAUCCUGUGAGGAUGAGGACGAUGAAGUCGGCUCCACGAAUAGUCCUGCACCUUCACCAGCCACUUUUGAGGUGCAAAGAAAAUCAUCCGCUGCUGUAAAGAGCAAAGAUAAACCAGAUGGAAACUUGCUGAAGAAGAAGAAGCCUCGCUCCAUGCUGCCCCUCAGCACGUCCAUGGACCAUCGACCCAAAGAGGAGCUCCUGCAGGACUGUGUCACUCUGGCUUCUGUCAAACACAACAGUGCACAUCCUGCAGCCUGUGCCCCAGGAAAGGGAGAAUUCAUCCACCUGGGUCUGUUCGCUGACAGACAGGCUCUGCACCACAUGUUCGAGACAGAAGAGGAGGGUCACAUUGAGGCAGGACACUUCGACUCCGUCGUGUACCUGAGGCUGUGGAGUGGAGACCUGGAGGGGGCGCUGCAGCUCGCCACAGAGAAAGGAGAGCUCAACGAUCACCUGCUCUCCAUCGCUCCCAUGGCUGGGUUCAAGGUGUGGAGCCAGACGGUGGAGGCCUUCGUCAAGCAGCUCUGUCUGCAGGAGCAGUACCUGAAGGCGGCGUCUCACCUGCUGUCAAUCAACAAACUCUACGAGGCCGUCGACCUGCUGCGCUCUCACAAGCUCUACAGGGAGGCCAUAGCCCUGGUCAAAGCCAGGCUGCCAGCGGACGAACCCGUCCUGAAGGAGUUGUACACCAGCUGGGCUGCGGUGCUGGAGAAAGACGGACACUUCUCUGCAGCUGCUAAAUGUUACCUCGCUACAGGCGCCAGUUUUGACGCGGCCAAAGUCAUCUCCAGGAAGAACGACGUGCCGUCGCUGAGGGCCGCGGCCAGUCUGGCGAGAAUCUCUGGAGAGGCGGCUCUGGCUCAGUCGCUGGCGCUGAGGUGUGCUAAAGACCUGGCUGCCGACCAGGACUGGGUCGGAGCUCAGGAGGUCCUCAGCUCACAGGACAGUCUGCUGGUCCACGGGCUGCACCUCUGCGUGGCCGAGCUGCUGGCUGUGAUGCUGGCAGACUCUGGAGCUAUUCCUCCAGCGCCCUGCGUCUCGUCUCAUCCGUGGGCGUCGCCGGGGCAGCGCUGCGUCACCAUCCAGGACCGAGCCAGAGCCGUGUGGGAGGAGCAGUUCGGUGUUUCCCAAACGUCCACGGGGCAUCGCAGCGUCGGAGCUCUUCUUCAGGAGCUCAAGUCUGCAGAGAGUCCGACGCCCACCACCAACAUUCCCCUCAGACAGGUCCUGCUGUACUCGUCCCUCCAUCUGACCCGUGCUGUCCUGAGCUGGUUACAGGACGAUGACGGGGAACUGACCAAGCAGCUGGGACACGCCCUGGCCUGGCUGAGAGACACCAGACACCUGUCCCAGUCCGCAGAGCUCUGCAAGCUUCUGUUCCCCGACGGUGACGUCAGUGUUUGUUCCAGGAAGUAUCCCAAAACUAUUCAUCCCACAGAAGAAGAAGCCAAAGCCGCUGCGAGGAGUCUCUCUGCUUUCGUCCAUUACCACCGUAUGUACGAAUGCUGGUGGAGGAACUCGGCAGACGGUCGCAAGACCCAGAACGGACUUCCCCCCUCAGCGGCUUGUCCUGAAGACGAGGCAAAGGACGGGAUGGCAAACGGGGGACUGUCAGAGUCGGGGGAGAGCCUCCGACCAGCGGCCGAGAUGGUCGACACGCUGGACUUUGACGCGUCGCUCCUUCUGUCGGACUCUCACGCCGCUGUUCAAGCCACACAGAGGUGUGUGAAAGAGAUCCAGGAGCGUCUGUCUGCCAUGGUGCUGCAGCACAGCCGAACCCAGGGAGGGCAGCUCAACUCUGGGGAGGAACCAGAGGACAGUGCUGACGCUGGCGGCCAAUGUUCUGAGGACCAGGACUCUCUGAUGUCUUUGUCCGCCAAGAUGUCCAAGUAUCAGAAGGAGCUGGCCGACCUGCCCCAAGCAAUCAAGAUGUAUCCUCAUCCGGAUGUUGUGGAAUGUUGCCUGGUUCUGCUGCAUCUGGACGAGUCUUCGCCGUCCCUCUCCGCCUCCCUGCGACAAGAGGCCAGGGACCUGCUCGGAAAAUACGCAACAAGUCCCUCUGUCCUGAAAGCCUCGCGGCGAUUCCUCACCUGAUCGCUUUGCUCAGAAACCGAAAGAAGCACUUCACCUGUACAGCUGUUUGUUGAAUAAAAAAAAAAGAAAGAAAUCUUACAAAGCGAUGGGACGUCCUGAGUCGGUUUGAUUCUACGCUUUCGUGUGUCUGAAGGAGGUCGACCGGUUCCUGCCAACGCAGUGUCCCGGGACCGAGGAGGGACAGGUAACAGACGCUGGCAGCCAAAUCUCCUUCAGUGACUAAAAUAAAGAGGCUGUGGUGACGGAAUACUUGGAAAAAUAUGAUUGAUAGAACGGUUGAUGUCUGAACGGUUGACAUUAGGUUCCUUUGUGGACCAAUAGACACUAGAGGCAGCUAACUGGACAUUUAACAUUUAAAGUCCUGAUGGGCGUAUUUUUGCCUUUUACAGUGGAAAUGGAGCAUGUUUAUAUUGAGGGGGGAAAAACAUCUUGGCUAAGAUUUUGUAUUAAAAAAUAGUUUCUUUUUGUUAAUUCUAACCAGUCAGCAUUUUCACACUAAUGCUAGCUUCAGCUGGAUUCAUCUGACUGUUCAUUUACCAAACCACAAUGUGAGAUUAUUCCGCUUCAAUCUGUUUGGGUUCUCAAAUCUUGGUCUGUCAUAGCACAUAAUGAUAAUAAAAAAAGAUCUAGCAUUGUAACUGUGUCUUAAAAAUGAGUCAAAAUGCAUAAAUUUGUACCCCUUUGUGGUUAUAAACCUAACAAAAAAAAAAGUCAAAAUCUUAAGGUGUCCUUUUUGAGUUUGUCCACUUCAUUUCAGAAGAGUUCCUGUACACUUUACUCAAGCUUUCUGUCUGUGAAUGGAGGCCUUGUAAGGAAAAGAUGAAAUACUAAAUGUUACAUCGAAAAUACAAAACAAUUUAAUAUACAGCUGUUUAAAACAAUGUAGAAUGUAAAAACAAUAGUAAGCACGACAUGUGUACGUCUGAUUGUGGUGGGGGUGAAUGUACAGAAUGACAGUAGUUUUCCCAUUAGCACACAUGCAAAACCAAGCGCUGUUACACACCGACGGCUUGAAGGUUCUGGAAGUGGAAAAAGGGCUAAAACAUUUUUAUUUUCAUCAAAAUUAUACACUUUAAUUUACAGGCCCUUCCAGCUUUAACUUAAAAAAGAAAAAGAAAUCCCUGCAAGAAGACAUGAGUCCUGCUGAUGAGAAGUCUGAACUGAAGUUUGGUCUAAAAUCACAGUGUGAUACAGGAGCUGGUCCCAAGCUGUAACCAAAGGUGCCACGAAUGCUGGACAAGGAGAGAUUUCUUUUUAAAAGGGUAAUGGAUAUAUGUGACCAUAUAUUCAGUAAAAAGCAACUAAAAA